GAAAGUGCAAUGCUGUGGCCGCCGCCGGGGUGAUUUUCACCUUCGCCUGUGCGAGCCCUCGCUGACCCAGGUUGGGAAGCCAGACAAGAGUAAAAUAUGAACGGAAGAGUGGAUUACUUGGUUACUGAGGAAGAGAUCAAUCUCACUAGAGGACCCUCAGGGCUGGGCUUCAACAUCGUCGGUGGCACAGAUCAGCAGUAUGUCUCCAAUGACAGUGGCAUCUUCGUCAGCCGCAUCAAAGAGAACGGGGCUGCAGCCCUGGAUGGGCGGCUCCAGGAGGGUGAUAAGAUCCUCUCGGUAAACGGCCAAGACCUAAAGAACCUGCUGCACCAGGAUGCUGUAGACCUCUUUCGUAAUGCAGGCUAUGCUGUGUCCCUGAGAGUGCAGCACAGGUUACAGGUGCAGAAUGGGCCUCUAGGACAUCACAGUGAAGGGGAGCCAAGUGGUAUUCCCAUAACUGUGGUGCUGGUGCCAGUGUUUGCCCUCAUCGUGGUAGCAGCCUGGGCCUUCAUGAGAUACCGGCAACGACUUUGAAAAGCUUGCUUUCUUCCACUGCUCCCAGAGAAGAAGAUACAUUUCUCUCUUUCUCUCACCCUCCUCCCCUGCCAUUCUCCCAUAACUGUCCCUCUCUCUACAUAGCCAACACACAAUUUAAAGAGACUGCUACCCAACCAGAACCUUGCUGCUCGAAAUCUCUAAAUCCUCAUACUCUAGUAGGAGAGUAAAGGCAUUGUUUGAAGGAAUACUGAAAGAAGGACUUGCUUAGAACAAAUGAAGAGUUAUAUAUUUUACUAGGACCACCAAUAGAAGUUCAGCUGCAACCCAGAGAGGGAGAGGUCCAGUCUUCCCAUCACCAUGCGUGAUUCCUUUUUUCUUACCUGGCAUGUGUCAAAGAUCAGCUGUAGUAAGAGGAAGAAAGGAUUUUUCUCUUUAAUGAUCUUCGUUGGGAAGUUUUUGUGUCCUUUAUUUAAUUUCUAACUACCUACUUGGGCACCUAUGUUGUAUCAAACAGAGGUGAAUGAAGAGAGAAUUUCUACUUUUUUAAAAAAGCAAAUACACACACACACACACACACACACACACACACACGUAUUCAUAUAUGAUAGUAUAAUAGUGAUGCCUUAUGGUGAAUUAAAGAGAUAGAAAGCAA